CAUUGCGGUUCGAAGUUGAAACUGCAGUGAGUUGCUUCCAUUCCCGACGUAACUUGCUGGAUUACAUUUUCAAUGUAAAAACUUGAGAUUUUUUUCCAAUUUUGCCCCCAAUGUCAUUUAUAUUUGUUUGGCUUUAUGAAAAUAGCUAACAAAUGCUAACAGUAGGGACAAACAGCCUUAUCUUCAAUCACUUUUUCUUCCACACGACACACCCACUGUCAAUGGCUUCCAUAAUCCUUCACUUGAACCAUCUCCACCAUAGCCAAAUCUCUACAAUCUUAACCAACCCAUCGCACAAAACCCACUAUUUCUCCAUCAAAUGCACUUCAAUCUCAAAUUCACCUCUAGAGCCUGACUUACCAUAUGUACCCUCCACCACUACUGAAACUGAUUUGCCAUUUAUAUCCCCUUCUGAGCUAACCACAGACACUUCUUUCCCCAUCGAGAAGCGAAGAAGAGCGGAUAUAGUACGCGACAAGAAGUCAAGAACCGGGCUUGUGAAGCCUGAGCCACCAAAUUAUGAGAUAGGGUGGAAGAGGACUAAAGAGAUUAACUUGGAGAAGCCUAUAGGGUAUGAGAUAAUGGACUUCCUGGACAAGUUGUUAGCGUUGAUGGAUAGAGAGUAUGGAUCGACGGAAUUGUUGGAGAAAGUGGGAGAGAUAGUGGCAGAGAGAGCAAGAGAAGAGGCAGAGGAGUUGAGAGAUGAAGGGAAAGUGGAGGAGAGAAUGGUGACUGAGUUGUUUAGAGUGUUGAAGUUGAUAGAGAUGGAUUUGGCUAUGGUGAAAGCUGCUGUAAAAGAAGAGACCCUGAGUGAGAGACUUGAGCAGGCCAAGUCAAGGUGCAGGCAAGCUAUAUUAGUUGCUAAAUCUUUUUGAAGUUUCUUGAUCAUGGAACAUCAUAUAUAUAUAUAUACACGGUUGUGUAUAUCUUCUGGUACGGUGGUACCUGUCAAGGAAGACAACAUUCAAGUAUUGGGUACAGAUUCUCCUGUUCCACAUUAUUUCUUUUGAUUGCUUUACAGAAAUAUUUCGAAUGGUAAAUGAAUAUGCAGCAGUCGGUCACUUGAAAAAAAAAGAAUUCUAUGAAUACGAGUAUGAAUUCAUGGAUACAUGGUGUGUUCAUACUUAAUAGAGUAUAAGACAUUGCCACUCAACUGUCCAAUGGGUAUGUUGGAGACUAGGUGGUUCUUCGGUUUUUAAAAAAGUAUUAAGACAUCAUACCUCGUUUUCCUUUUUCUCUUUUAGUUUUAGCUUCUGCAUUGGUGGACUUGUAAGCCAAUUUACAGGCUUAGAUUACGGAAUAAACUUCACGAUUGUCUUUCGGGAUAGAUCCCAAAGGCCAAAACUAGUGAUGCUAUGAUAAGGAAGGUUUAAGAACCAUUUCCUUCUUGUUCUAGUUAGAGAGGCUGGGAAAUCCUUGUAGAGAGUUGCCUCGGCUGCUCUUCGAAACUCCAUCAUCGAAUUGAAACCCAUGACGUAAUCGAAGAGAUUGCUCUUCCAUUUAUAUAUUUCCUAAGGUUGGAAUCUUGAAGUGGGUAGGCAUCUUGGCAUUUAGCAGCUCAUGUGAGAAUGGUGUCAGCAAGCUAUCCCAGACUUCAUCCAGAAAUGUUUGCCCUUGCAGAGUUUUGUUCUUCCUGUCCAUCAUCUCUUCCAGUUGCUUUCCUACAUCCUUCUCAUAGAUCCUCCAAGGUAGGUCUCCUUUGAUACUUCCAACAAAUUCCCUACCAAAUACCAAUCAUCAAGGCUUGUGGGCAGGAAGCCUUGAUGACUUGUCGAGGGUCAAGAGGCGUCAUAGACCAAUUGAACCUCAGAUUGGCUGUCAUUCAUUGUUCCUGCUCUCAAAAUGAGCCCCUCACUAUUACCAUCAAGCCUACUAAAGCACCAGGCCAUGAAAGUUACUACGACAGUUCUGCAGUUCUUAACCAUAUUUCAUCAGCCCAUUAACCAUAUCCUGUUGGCCUUGAUCCCAGAAAUUAAAGUGCCAAUGAGCUUGUGUACCGUUAUAUACAAAAUUAUCUCAAAGUCCCCGUGUAAUCGGAUGAAGAAUUUCAUGUCUAAGAUGAUCUCAGAGCAGCAAAGCGCUUUUAUCCUUGGCAUGCUCAUCACAGAUAACUUAAUUGUAGCAUCAGAAGCCUUCCAUUACCUAAACACCCUUUCGGCAAGGUCAGCAGGGAUUCAUGGCACUAAAACUAGACCUCAGUAAAGCCUACCAUAGAGUUGAGUAGAGCUUUUUGGUCGCAAUGAUGAAGACGUUUGGCUUCAGCGACAACUGGAUAUCCAAAAUUAUGUCAGCGGGGAUUCCUCUGUUUCUUAAUCCAUUAUCAUUAAUGGGGAGGUUCGAGGGUACAUCAAACCAUCUAGAGGCCUUCGGCAAUCGGCAGGGAGAUCCUAUUUCCCCUCAUCUGUUUCCUUAUUUGUGCUGAUGGUUUUGUCUUUUUUAAUGCAAAAGGCAAUCUCUGCAGGGUCUUUACAUGGAAUGCGAAUUAGGCUAUUAGCCGUGGUGCUCCUAUGAUUUCUCACGUUCUUUUUGCUGAUGACUGCUUACUUUUUUGCAAAGCCACUGUAAGAAGAGGCAACUACGAUGCUGGAUUAACUCUUAAUCAAGAAAAAUCAUCGGUUAUGUAAUGGCCAGAGAUUCUUUCUUCUGGUUUUUUUUUUUUCACUCUUCAGGUUCCUUCUCUGUUCGCUCUGCCCACCAAACUGCCAGUUUCAUGAGAUAUUCCUAUCAAAUUCAGUCUUUAAACAAAUCCGAGGUAGCAGCUGUCUGGAGGCAGAAAGUGAAGCAGCCUCACUAAUGCAGGUAGAGUUAUCAUCAUUGACGUAGAUGCUCUGGUAGUUGUUAAUGCAAUCAGGGCCAAUCAAGAAAUCCUAGCUUCUCGUGUUUUAAUCAUUGAUGAAAUUCGAAGAUUAGGGGCGAUGUGAUGUCAGGCUAUUUAUAUAUUGUCAUGUUAAAAGAUCUGCAAAUGCUGUGGCAGACAUACUAGUAUGGCUUAGUUAGGGAGACCGUCUCCAACCCCUUUGAUCAUGGCAAACUCAGUGCCCCCUCCUGUUCUAUCUGCUACUUUCAUCCCACCCGGUUCAUAACCAUGGAUUUUAACACAGAUCAUGAGGUGUUAAUACAAGAGAGGGAGUAAAGAUCCCAUCCCAUUUUUUUUGGCUGGGAUUUUGAAACUUCCUGAAUACCAAAU